AUGAAGUCCCUAUUGCUCUCGCUUGUAUCCAGAGUUGAGGUUCUCAGGAAUUCUGACACUCCCGACGAUUUUCGAUUUGUAAUUUCAUCGAGCUUUAAAAGAAGAUUUGUGAUUUCAUCACAAUCAAAGUCAUCCAAAGCCGUAUCUCUUUUUAUUUGUUCAUACGACGAGAGAUCUGUAGGUAUAACCCCAAGCAAUUCCAAUGCUGAUAAGCAGGGCAAUUUUUUUUUGGUCAAUCCAAAUGAACUUUACACGGGUGAUAAAAAAAACGAUUUGAUCAAUUCCAUAUUAGACCCAAUAGAUGAGUCCGUGUUAGUCUUUUUCUCUUCUGGACUAGUCGUUGCAGCCACGGCAAACGGUUCUGCUUUCGCCGUUGGAAUCAUUGAGGAUGGAAUUUCCCAAGCUCAACCUUCGCCAGAUCAUGAGAUAUUUACCGUUUUUUCUAGGGACGGCAAAAAAUUAUUUCUUUUAGCACCUGGAACCCUUGACACCAUAGCUGUGAUCUUCCUUGAUGAGAAUAAGUCAGAAUGUCCAAUUAAGCAACCAAUAAGUAUCGGUUGGGGUUCAGAAAAAACCCAGUUCCGAGGAACUGGUGCGGCGGCAGUAGAAAGGGCUGCGGCCACCGCCACCACAAUUCUGGAAAAUAAUGGACCUUCUGGGAAUGCCCCUUUGCCGGUAUGCCAGAGUUCACCGCCUGAGAAGCCAAUUUCAUGCCGCUGGCAUCCGGAUUCAUCUAAAUUUGCACUAAUUCUUGGAGAUGGAUCGCUUCGUGUCUAUGGUCGCGAUGCAACCUUUCUCGCAAAAUCUGCAUCUACAGUAUCACUUCCAGGCUCGCCAAUGGCCUGGAAAGGUCAAUAUGGGCAUGGAUUCGGAAUUUUGGCACCUCAUUCUGUUACAAAAAAUGCACUUCAGAUUUGGGAGCCCAACUGCUUGGCAAAUGGAGGCUUUUCCUACUGUCCCCCAAAAUCAAUGCAAAUGCCAGCACAAGCAGAUUCUUUUCAAUUGUCGGCGCUAGCAUGGAACAGCACCAAUACUAUUUUGGCGUUAGGAUAUGCUCUCGGUCAUAUUCAGCUUUGGACAACCACAUGUUUCCAGUUUGACUUGAAAAUGGAGCUCGCAGCCCCACCUGCCACCACAAUGCUGAAAAUGUUUUGGUUAGACAAGGUUGAAGACCUUCUUGUUGUGGUGAGGCGGAGCUCUUCAACGGUGUACCUUGACAUGUUUGCCAUUAACAUGGCUCCGGGACCGAUAACAAUCCCAGAUCCAAAUGCUAUGGUAAUUGUAUCCUCUGGUGAGCAUCUUAGAGUGACCCCCUGCAGCCUUGGUUUAGUCCCUCCCCCAUUAUCUCGUUGGCGGGCAUCGCACCCUGACAAAUGUGCCAUAACCCUAACAGCGUUUAUCGGUCAAGGGCAUCAGAUAGCAGCCCUCACUUCAGAUGCCUCUGAGCUUUUACUUUUUGACGAAGGUCCCUUAAGAGGAGCACCGCUUGGGUCGCCAAUGAAGAUUUCAGGCAAAUUUCACCUGACCCUGAGCCCUGGAUAUACUCUUUUCCCUCACCAAUUGAUCUCUUUGAGUGCAAGCGUUCUUUUGCUCUUUGCCACAAUGUUUCCCAACAAUGGUGGACCAAUUCGCCACGUCUUGUUUUUUAUUAGGCCUAAGGAAACCUUUGUUCCUAACUCUAACUCGCAGAAAACAGAUCUGGCUAAAGAGUGGUGUGGUGAGUUGGUAGAAAUCCCACUACAACUCUCUAAACCGUCCUCUGUUCACGUUUGUGAUGGAAAGGGUACACUACUGGUAUGCUACGCUGAUGGUUCCCUUAUUCAAUAUGUUAUGAAGGCGGAAGUAAUUGCACCGGGGGAAACCGAUGUAUCGUCAAAAAACAAUUUCCUUCCUAAGAUUACCGCCUCCAUGGCCAAAGUUUCUUUGCUAUGUCACGAUAGUCAGUUUGACCUUCAAUGGAAGUUAUUAAAAACAAAAAUCGAUGCCGGUGAUGCAGUUAUACAGUCGCAAUUCAGCUCGUGUAGUGACACGCUUCUUUUACUAACGCGCGGUGGAGUGCUUUGGCUGGUAAAUGAUGGAAUCUACCUCCGACGUCUCCCUGUCCAGGAUGUCACAUCUAUCGCAUUACUCCCAAGAAGCAGGCUACCAGAUGCACAUUUUACUUUGCGAUUUCUGGUAACUGUGCAGAAUUCACAGACGAUGUGCAGUCUGUUUCUUUGUGAUAUUCCAGAAGAUAAAGAUGGAGCUCUUGAGAUACUUGAGCGCCAUCCUUGUGAGCCAGGAUCGACGAUCAUUUCCGCAGUUGGCGAGUCAAGCCCUGUAACCCUUCUGGUGAUGGAUCGGGGGUCUUUGGAACGCGUCUACAUGCGCACGCUUCUUCUUGAACACAUGGAGUACCUUUGCGUAAUCGGUGAUGAAUUCCGCGCAGCAUAUGAGCUAGGUCUGCGUCAUCGUUUGCCUUUAGCGAAGCUUGUACCGCUUCCGGCGCAAAUGCAUGUGGCAGAUCAGCACGGGACCUUUCAGGCUAUCCAUCAUCACUUGAACAGGCUUGUUCAGAGCCUCAGUCCCGACCAAUUAAUACAGAUCAUGGCCGAUAGAUCAGCAACAGCAGAGCAUCGGAAUGCUCUUAAGGCAGCUGUACUUGCAGCUCUUCCGUGCGACGUUGGAACAAUACGUGUCGCCAUAGCUGCGGAUUUGCUUUCUGAUACCGUCGACGAAGCUAUGGCACUUUUCGCCGCGGAAUGGGCGAACCUUGGCUCUGAAGAGCGCACUUUACUUGUUCGUGCAGCAUUGGUUCUGGUCUCUCGUGAAAAAGUAAAUGCUGGAGCAGAAGCAUUAAUGGCUGCUGCCCUUGGUACAUAUUCACUGGCGCUUGCACAGGCCAUCGGGGAAGAAGGUCUGGGUGAUCGUGACCCCCAAGAAUUUAUGGGAUUCAUUUCAAAAUGUUACACUUGUGCGAAUGAACCGCGUCGUCGUUUUCUCAUAGACGAUCGUCUUGGCCGCUCAGAAAGAGCCCUAAGUUGGCUUAUCGAGGAGGCCAGGGUUGGGGGUUCUCUUGAAGCAGAGGGCUGUGAUGCCAUUAAUGAGAUCGUAGCAUAUGUUUUAAAACGCGAUCUUUAUGAGACCGUACUCUUUCAGAGUGAAAAUAGUUUUGUUUUACGAAAAGCUAUCCUUCAAAGCUAUGCGCAAAGAUACGCUACUCCUCGGGCUCUCCUUGCUACGAGGAUGCUCAAAGAGGCCGUAGCCAUUUUUAUGACGCAGGGGGACUUUCUUGGUAUCGCGACGACGCUCUCACUCAUGUCUGCUUCAGAUGCUCUUAGCCUGCAAGUAUCAAUAGGCUCUACGGUGCAACAGUCACCCCAUUCAAUUCUCCUUGCCACGAUAAGCCAAUCUCAAGACGAUUCUUCCCGAAAUGUCGAGGAGGCGGCUGCAGCAGUCUGCUCAGCCAUGCAGCGCAUGCCUAACAAUACCAUUAACGAAAGGGCUACCUCUACCACACAGGCAUCAUCUAAUUCUGCGCUUGACAUAACGUCUAGCCUCAAGGGGAUGCUAUUCGACCCUAAAACCAUGCCGUGGACACAUGGCUGGGAACUGGCGCUGCUUCUUUGUCUCCGGCAGCCAGAAGCCUCCUUGGUAUCUGGGGAUCUUUUACCAGCUUUAAGGAGUGAGGGAUCUCGUUUGCUAGAGCUUCUGACCAUAGGAAUCCUGGGUAACCUACAUCAGGUUGCCCAAGGUCUUGAGAGGCAUCGAAAUCUGCCACAGGUUGGCGAAUUUGAUCUCGCCAUGCAUGUCGAUGACAAUAACGUCACGGGUGCAGACGACUGCUCUGUGAUUUCUCGUGUGUCGACAGUAUCAUGGAAAUCUACGACCUCUUCGAGGUCUUUUACCUCCAAUCGCUCAUCUACAUCGAGCCGAUCAUCCACUUCGAUCUCUUCCACUGCAAAAGCAAUUGCUCGAAAAAAAAAGACCGCUGCAAAGCCCAAUUCUCCUAGGCAUGAGUGGUACUUGAUAAAUGAGGCCAAGUUCCUUGUAGAAACGACAUUGCUCCCACUUGUCCCAUCGUUUUUUGCGUUUGUUGAGGUCUUUUUACUUUGCAUCUCAAGAGAGCUCGGCUCCGCUCUUAAAGAUGGUUGUACAAGGGUUGGACCAAGCGAUAAAACCACUAUUUUUCGAGACUUUCUGGAAAGGUUGCCUCAUGCUCUUAUUAAGGCAUGGGACGAAAACAUGGUAAUACUUGCGGCUAUUCUUGAAAAUGCUCCUGUUAGGAGACGGAUUUCUCCAAGUAGUUCUACUUCCGAAGUCGACGAAAUUUUCAUGGAAUGCUUUGCGGCAUAUGGUGAGCUUCGUACACUUGUGCGCCUCCUCCCACGCAAUACUGAACGGCCUCCAAUUCCCCUCAUCUAA